AUGAUAUCGCUGAAGAAAAAGACGGUAAUUCUAUUAACCGCAAUAUCAGCGAGCAGUUUCAUUCUUUAUCAGUUGUAUUUUUUCUUAGCGUUAUCGUCGGAAAAAAACUUUAAUGGCAAGAUAAUACCGGUUCUCGAUCACGAAAGUGUUAAGCAAUUAAUACAUGUACGAUCGGAGCACGAUAAAUAUAUAAAUGAAAAUGGUUUGUUAAGAGGUGUAUACUUCAACCAAGUGAAGGACUAUAGACCGGAUUCCAAAAAUGAGUUUAAAUGUCGAAGUUCCAAGCAGCAGAUACCUUUUGAAUAUGUGAAUGAUGAUUUCUGUGAUUGUGAUGAUGGGACAGAUGAACCAAGUACAAAUGCCUGUCCGAGUGGAAUUUUCUACUGUGACACACAAUAUCCAAAAUCUUCUAUUAACUCCAUACCUUCCGGACAAGUUAAUGAUGGUAUCUGUGACUGCUGCGAUGGAUCUGAUGAGUGGAUAUUGGCCGGCAAACAGCGUUUAGUAAGACAGAAUGGGCCUCACAACAUUCGACAUUAUGUUACCGUGUGCCCCAAUAUAUGUACAAAGUCAAGUUAA